AUGUCUUCCCUCGAGGCCAAGAUUGUUGUCCUCGGCGCCCAGAACGUCGGCAAGACCUCGCUCGUCAUGCGCUACUGCAAGGGCGCCUUCGAUCCUGCCCAGAUCACAUCCACCGUCGGCGCCAGCUUCCUCACGAAGCGCGUCGUCGACACCGACACCGACACCGUCGUUCGCCUUCAAAUAUGGGAUACAGCCGGUCAGGAACGCUUCCGGUCCAUCUCUCGACUCUACUACCGCGGCGCCAACGCCUGUAUCCUCUGCUACGACAUAACCGAUGCGCAGUCCUUUGCCGACAUGGGCGUGUGGCUGACCGAGCUCCGACAGAACCUGCCACACGACGUGGUGCUGCACGUCGUCGGCACCAAGGCCGACAUCGUCGCGCGCGACCCGUCGGCGCGCCAGGUGCCCUUUGAGCGCUGCAUCGCCUACGUCGCCGAGAACCUGGCACCGGGCGUCGGCGGCACCCCGCCCCCCACCGCCUCGGGCAACGGGGGAGGUGCGGGCGGCGGCAUCGUCCUCGGCCCGUCCUCGGCCAGCCCCGUCGCGGGCGUCGAGCCGCGCAGCCCGAGCUCCAAGCGCAGUUCCGGCUUCUGGGGUCAGGAGGUCGGCUGGGACGCGUGCCACGAGAUCAGCGCCGAGAGCGGCGAGGGCGUCGAGGAGGUGUUCCGCGUCGUCGCGCGCAAGCUGGUCGAGCAGAACCGCAAGAUGCAGCAGGCGCUGCUGCUGGCCACGGCGCUGCCGGGCAUGCCGGGGUACAUCGACGGCAUGGACGGCAGCUACUUCGAGGGCCGCGACCACAAGGGCAGCUUCCGCGUCGGCAGGGACCGCAGGAGCUGGCUGUUCUCGCCGGCCUUCUCGCCGGCCAUCACGGUGGACCGUCCGGUGAGCGAGGACGCGCAUCGGCGCGACGAGUCGGCGACGAGGCCCAAGUCCAAGUGUUGCUGA